GGUUGACCGAUCACCUGAGAAAUCUUAUGUCUGCGACGCCAAACACAAGGUAACGAAAUGCCCGAAGAAAACUGCACCCCACUGACUGAGUUCAUUCUCUUGGGUUUCGCUGACCGUCUGGAGGUGGAGAUACCUUUGUUUGGGCUCUUUCUGCUCAUCUACGCCACCACUGUGGUGGGGAACGCUGGCCUCAUUGUGCUCGUCCAGCUCAAUGCUUGCCUUCAUACCCCCAUGUACUACUUCCUUAAAAAUUUGUCUGUCUUAGACCUUAGCUGUUCAUCUGCCAUUGCUCCCAAGAUGCUGGUGAGUCUGUUAGCACAGCAGAAGACCAUUUCUUUAGUCGGUUGUGCAACGCAGAUGUUUCUCUUUGCUGCCUUCGCUGAUGCCCAGUGCCUCAUUUUGGCUGCGAUGGCCUAUGACUGCUACAUGGCCGUAUGUCAUCCUCUUCUCUACACCGUGGCCAUGUCCCGCAGGGUCUGCACCUCCAUGGUAGCUGGGGCUUAUCUCAGCGGGGGUCUGACCUCACUGGUGCACACGUCUUUCACGUUCACGUUGUUGUUCUGUGGCUCUAACGUGAUCAACCACUUCUUCUGUGACAUUCCACCGCUGCUGGAGCUCUCCCGCUCCGAUACGCACAUCAACGAGGUCCUCCUCUUCACCCUCUGUGGCUUUAUACAAACCAGCACCUUCCUGACCAUCGUUGUCUCCUACGGCUGCAUCCUCAACACCGUCCUCCGGAUCCACGUGGCAGAUAGCAGGCACAAAGCCUUCUACACCUGCACGUCCCAUCUGACGGCCGUCGGGUUAUUCUACGGCUCCCUCCUCUUCACGUAUUUACGGCCCAGCUCCAGCUACUCGCUGGACACGGACAAAGUGAUCUCUGCGUUUUAUACCGUCGUCUUUCCCAUGCUGAACCCCCUGAUUUACAGCUUGAGGAACAAAGAGGUGAAGGAUGCCCUAAGGAGAACAGUAGGGAGAAGAGUGUUUUCUCACCAGGCUGUGGUUGCCUCCCGUUUUGUUGUUGCUUUCUUCCUUUUCUUGGCUUCCACACACACGCUGGAAACUUAAAUUUCACUUGCGGAGGUGUUUUGGUGGGAUCAUGACAGCCAGCAGAAAUUCAGAGGGCUUGACUAAAGAGAGAGUUACACAGACCAAAUUAGGCACAGGAUUUAUAGCCCAUGCAGUUUUGGGAACAAAUGUCUUGGCCACAGCAGGUGUGAGGAAGCACCCUCUGUUUUCAGGGAGGAUGUAUACUAGCUCUCGAGGAUCUGGCUAUGGCAUUUGAAGCAAUUCACUUCUGUCUCCCCUGCCUUGUGCUUCCCGUUGCUAUGGAGCCUGGGCAGCACCCCUCAUCCACCUCAGCAUGGAGGCAUAACCUGAUGCUUGAGCUGAUCUAGCAACCUGUUGUCCUCCCACCCCUGAUUUUGGAGUUUGUCAGAUCCAUCCCUCGGCCAGGCCCUGGAAACUGGCCAAAAAUGGUUCAUUUUUCCUCUUCUUUUUUCUGCUAGGUUCAUGAGCUGAACUGGCCUGCAGAGACCCUGAUGAACACUGAAGCUAGCAUGAGAUAAGCAGGGUGGCUGAAGACAGGAAAAAGAGGCAAAUAACGGCGGGGUGUGUGUGUAUGUGAGGAAUGCAGUCUCCCCUUUUUGACAGCCUCAAGCUGUGUGAACGUUUCAGCCGCACAGUGUAGCUUUACUCUGAGACUUCUGCUGUCUUGUGGCUUGUGUCCCUUUCACAGUGGCUUUUAGAAGCAACCAAGAGCAUCAAACAAAAGACAAGGAAUCUAGCCUGUGCUAAAUAAGUGUGGAGCAGAAAUCUUUUUUUAUUCUUGUCGGACUGGAAAGUUCCUGAUUUGACUGGUUUCAGUCUUGGUCAUCGCUGCCUACUUAGACAGGUUUUGGGCAGUGUGGACAUGCAUGACUGAGCAAGCCUAAUCAUAACAGAGCAACUGAAGGGAGGAACUGGUUCCUUAGACCAGACAAAGCAUUCCUCUGGCUGUCUUAAACCUGAAAUGAAGCUGGCUGCUAUCCUAGAAAAGUCUGAGACCCUUGCAGAUGAGACUGAUAAUAACAGCUUUUAUUGGAAGUAUCUUUCCAGCAUGCUGACCAAAAACACAGGGCAACAUCAGCUGGUGGCCACCGUUUAAGAGGCUGGUGGUCUGCCUGGGUUUAAUGGUUCUUCCUAGUCUGUUCAGCAGAAGGUCUGCCAACAUAGUUAGUUGUCUGACUAACUGUUAUCUCAUUAACUCUUCUCUAUUGGUUGCUGAAAUGUUGCUAUCUGUGGGCAUGGUUCAACAUCUGCUGAGCUGAAGACGAGGACUUCUGCACAGUCCUCAUAUCUGACCCUAUGUAUUAGUAUCAAGGUCAGGUCUUGCCUCAAUAGAACCUGCUGACUAUCUUCCCCAUUUUAUUUCUCUCUCUGUCUGGUUUCAUUGGUUUUUUGUUCCCCACAAAUAUGGGGUGGAAUAAGUUUGAAAAGGGAGAACCAGGUUCUAAGGUCUUGGCUCUCCUUUUGCCCAGUUUGUUCAGCAGACGGGGCAGAAGCGGUUAUGGGAAAAGCAGCACUGGAUUGCUUCCCCACCAGCUGCUGCUGGCUUGUGGAAGGAGCUGUGUCCAGCUUAUCCAGAGGUGACUUUGCGGGGGCAAAUACUCCGCACUUCAACACUAGCUGGCUGCUCCGCAGGUAGCACACGUGUAGGAGCAGAUCUAACUUGAGUCCCUUGAACUGCUUUUAAAUACUUUUACCCUGAAGGUGAGGUGCUGGAUGUGGCUUAGGAGGAAAUAACACCCAGCAGGAAAUAACACCCAGCAGGUGGGUGUUUGUGCGGAGCCGGCGGAGUUGUGGCUGCAUCUCAGCUGCACAAACCACAUGGGUGUUUUCAGUGUCCCUUUACUGCGUAGCAGGAACCAGUUUUUCCCACAGACUCUUAGAAAAUUCCUUCUGCCUUUUACUUGCCCUCACCAACCUAUGCCUUACCUCAACAGAGAAAAUCCCUCUAGUUCUUCUAAGCCACUAAGAAGAUGUAAUCUCUUCACUUCCUCUAAAUAAACCAUAAAACGAGUUCCUGGAGAGACCUCCUCAACAAUAGCAGUUCAGAGGUGCCUCCGCAUCAGCACGUCCUGCCCGAGAGAGAUCAUGACAUGGGCCACCGCUUGUUUUUGUGGUGGAGCUGGUGCUUUAUCAGGCGGGUGCAUGUUCUUUAAGCUAGUGUUUAACUGCCAGUUCCCUGUAAAAGCUUGUUUCUUCUCAUCAUGCUUGAAAGCAUUGUUUGCCUGCCCCUUUUUGGGUGGCUAAAUAUAAAAGCACACACCACCUACUCUGGAAGGCUUAAUGCUGUAUAAUUUCUGUUCAAACUUGAUGCUGCACCAACUGUCAAAAUGGCAUCUCGGGGAUGAGCAAUAAUUAUAAAUACAAGCAUGCAUUGGCAGAUGGAUAGCCUGGUUUAUGGGCACAGUCAUGGGAUAAGGGAAGCUUUUAAAGAGCUGCGUGGUUCCGCUUCAGAUCUGCUGUAUUGCUGCCUUACUUCCCCCACCAGCCUCUGUCUCUUGCCGACCCAAGUCCAGUGCCGCCACUUACUUCUGCGCGAUAACCCUACGAUGUGCUAUGGCACUGUGCUGGGAGCUGUGGGCUCCCUGUGUGGCACUGGGGGCCAGGCGUCGUGCUGUUUGUGUGCCAAGUCCAGCGCGUGUGCCUAAGAUGCACUGUCGUGCAUCCUCGCAAAAUUAACUGCUGGCCUCGGCUGGCAGCCUGAUGGAUAGAGGGGAUAGACCGCUGUUGAAAGUUUGUCUCUCUCAUAGAUUCCCAAAUGAAACCUCAUCUUUAAAAAACAUUUCGCCUGUGUAUCCUACUCAGAAUGAAAGCUGCCCGAUCAUUCAUGAAGGCUUGAAUACUUAGCAGUGUUUUGCAGGGGAAUUCAUGAUAGGAAGCAGGUGAUUUUUGGUGUAUUGAGAAAUUUCCCUAUGGUUGUUUACUUUAGCUGGGUGGUUCUAUUUGCAAGCAUGGUUUUCCCCCAGCUUUUCAGUAUUUGAGGAGAAAAUGAAGUACAAAAUAAAUAGAGAACGAGAAUGAUAACCCCCUCCCCCCCAUCCCCUUGUUUUUAAGACUGUGUAAAUCCAAGAGGGUAAAAAAAAAAAAGUAGAUCAUGCUACAAGAGGAUGAUGACAGUAUAGUAAAUGCUGUGGAUUGUGGCCUGUGGUGGAAUGUCAACAUUAAACCAAUUGUGGCUUUUGCAACUUGGCCAAUCUGUCUUGUGAAAGUUACAAUAUGUCCCCUUAGUGCACAGGCUGUUGUUGGGAUCAGAGCUCGAGCUUUUAAGUCACAGAUAGUGGAAUCAGUCUUGAAAUUAGGUUAAAUGAGACUGAUACAUACUAGUAAAUUCCUCAAAUUCUGCUUCUGACCAUGCUGGGCAGACAGAAUUAUUGUAUUAUUAACAUUGCUCUUCCUCAGCCUCUUGCCUCUAAGCACAUUUUUAGACGCAUGUCAAUGAAGAAAAAUUAAAAGUGUAUUAUGAAAAAAGAUUGAGAAUUAUGACCUCCUCGGGCAUUUUGUUUUGACUGUGCGCAAAAAUGUUCCAGAGAGAGAAAAAAACCUGUAACACAACUUAGAAAAUGUUUGUCUGUCUAAAACGGGUUUUAUAUUACUUUUCUACAAAAUCCUGUAGGACAGACUGCUGCAGAUGAUUUUGUCUUUGGGACAUUUUUCCUCUAGCAGAACAGCUGACUGUUCAGUUGUCUCCUAAGCAAAUUUCCUAGAGUAACUUCAAAUAUCCGUUGUCUUUCUGUCUUAGGACUGUGGUUCCAGGAACUAGCAGUUCCGCGUAACCUAGUUAUUUGAAUUCUGUGCCGUAAGUACUCAGGGAAAACCUGUUGCCUAAAACCUGAGUUUCUCACAUGUAGAAACUUUGGAACCUAAAAGAAAUGACUGAAAAAUUUUGCACAAUGUUUUGCCCAAGGAGUGAAAGGAGAAGUUUGCAGUUAAUCGCGACUCCAUUUUUAGGAUAUCUUAGAGAACAAGUGGAACCCAGAUGUUUUUAGUAAACGGCUUUCAAAACUCACAGUUGAGAUCAGUGUCAAAUUUCCAGACACAUGAUCAACCUUGGAGCCAAGUUUAGGGUUGCUUUUGUGUUUACAUAAAGUCUGUGAGCUGAAUUACACUGAAGUUUUGUGGGUGGAAUGGAAGUUCUCCAUAACAAAUAUUUGACUGGAUGCACAGUUUAUCUUAUUUACAGGACUUUGAGCUUUGAAAAAAGGUCACUGUACUUUUGUUGAUGUGAUAUUUGAGGCAUAUUCAGCUCUUUCGUGCUCACUGGAUUUGGAACAGUUGUUGCUUUUUUCUGGUAUUAUUCUAGCCAUUAAACUAGCAUGGCAAAAAAAGCAAGCAUUUUAAAGCUAGAGGGGAACCAUUUCUACAGAUGAUAAAUGAAACAUUGUCUAUUGCUGAAUAUUCUGGCUUGUCCAACUACAGUGAGCUCUGUAGUGACAUCAAAGGAGCCCUCUUGUUGAAGGUCUAGCUGGAUGCCUAAGUCACAUGCUAAAUUUUUGCUCAGCAAAAAUCUGGCUUCUGUUUUAAUAAACUCAGAAUUUACUUUGUGCCAAUAUUGCCCAGUAUCUGUUUAAAAGUUAUGUUUUCAGCCCACAAUAAGAUCACUGCCAUCAUUUGGAAAGAUCAUGCACAAGAAGGGCACAGGUAGAGUCAGUAUGAAUGAUAUUAGAGUGGGUGUAAAAGUCACGGAAACUUUCCCUUUUUUUAAUAGCACACCCUAGGCCUUACCCUAUGUGAAGUCUUUGCCAACGUCAAAUGCUCGUCUGCGCAAACUUGCUGUAACCAUGUGUUAUUCCCCGUAAAACCCCUCUCUAGGCUCCCAAACUAACAGCUAUUUACCCUUGGCCCAGGCUGGGACUCCCUCAGACAGACAGAUGCAUGUGCGCGCGUACACACAUGAUGCAUGCCACUUUGCUGAAAUACUCCGAGGUGUGUACAAACAGAGUCUUGCUGAAUUUUUCUGUAUCUAGGUCCACCAAUUCUCUGACUUAAUCAUCUUCUGUAUGCCUAUGGAAACAUUCAUCAAAGAAGCUUAGAUUAUUUUUGCACGCUUAAAUUGUCCUCCCCAGCUGUCCUGUGAGGAAGCUAAGCGUUACUGUCUCUAAAUUGGCUGAUAGUCGGUCUGUGCUCUGUGUACAAUAGCUAAGCUGUAAACAAGAGAGCUUGUUCCAUUGUUUCUGAUGGGAUCUUAUCCAAGGGAAAAUAGAGAUUGUCUUCAACAAUUUGAAGCUUGUGUAGGCAGACAAUACAUUGACUUUUGCCUGUGGGCAGCGUGAAGCAUGCCUCUACUUCAGACCAACCAAGCAGCUGAGAGCCGACAUGAAUUAAAGUCACGCUGCGCAUGCGCUCUGCUGAGAGCAUGGAUCAGUCCCUGGGCAGCUGUGAUGUUGGUGUGUAAAAGCAUACUGAAAAAAAAAAAAUUUUUAUUACCAGGCUCUUUUUCCUGCAUGCACCAACAUCUUUAAUCUUCUGGAUUUGAAUGAGAAAGGCCAGGACCUCCCCUCUAAUUAAAAUAGUUUAAUGAAUAAUGAUCAGGCGUGCAACUAUUAGCUAGUGAAAAGAAUAUGAUAGAAAGUAGUGUGCAAAGCAUUGUCAGAUGCAAAAAAUGAGCUUGCAGUUACUGAAUGUGAAUGUCAUUUGAUGGGAAGUCCAGCCUGAGUAUGGUAAUACUUUAGCAGGCUUCUUCCCAAAAAUGCCUGUAAAUGCAUUCUUCAGAAAGGAAGGCACAAGACAAAAGAAGGUUUAACCCAAGCCAUAGGAAAACAACAUGAAAUUAAAAUCAGUAUGAAGUCAAAAUUAAACCAUACUGUGACAGUAGUUUGAGAGUCAGUUGCACAAUCAACAGAAAAGGUCUGGUAUAGCUGAACUGAAACUCUUCUAAGACCAGAGAGCUAAACGCUCCUCGUGUUGGUCACCAGGAUAUCAUGACGCAUGGCUGUACAAUCCAGCACGGCCACGUAAAUCUGCGGUCAUCAAAAAUGAUGUGUGUGUAUGUGCAACUUGCAACUGAUCUUGAAAGCAGAAUGUAGGACUUCCCUAAUCUUACCAACACUUAAUCGGGGGUGGCACAGGCUGUCCAAACUACAGAGCAAAUAUUAUUCAUGGACUAUUUGCUCAGUUGUUUACAGACUGUGCUGUUGCACAGCCUUUGCAUGAAACAAUGAAAUAAGGAUUUAUGCAGGUUUGGUCAGGAUGAGAUUGGAAAAAAUAAACAGGAAUAGCUUGCAAUCUAUAAGCUGCUGGGCAGCUUCUGAUAGUUCCAAGUGUGCCUUUGUCCGUCACAGGCAAAAAGGUGAGGUGGAAAGAGCAUGAAAAGCAAACAUAACAUUAAAAAAAUGGUUUAGUGUUUUGUAGCUUCAAGGUUAGUCUUUCUGGAAUACUGAUUUCAAUGAACUGCUAAUAUAGUGUCAAGUUAUACAUGAGUCGGUGCUUCAGGAGGACGACUCCUAACUAUUGGCAAGCCUCUUCAGCCGAACGCAAGGUUUGUUUGAGGUACCUGCAAGCUCGUGAAAACAUUACAGCAUGAAAACAGUAAUGCAAGUCCGCCCAGCGGUUACAACUUUUUACAUAAGCAUUUGUGUGGGAGGGGAACAGAUAUCAAAUGUACCUGGCAACCAGCUGAAGCGAUAGCUAUGACCCACGUUAACUUAUAGAUCUUAAUUGCUUCUGAUGGUUAACCGACAGAAGCAACAGAAAUCAGUAAAACAAAGGAAGCCAUAGGCUGCCUGUUUCCUUCAGGCGUUCAGAAUGCCUGGAAAAGUGCCGUUGUGCUGACACAAGCCUUGUGCUGCCCGUUACACACAGACAGACACCUAUGCAGUCACGCGUGGGAAAUCACACAUUGCCUGGAAGGUUCAAAGACUGAUUAAAACUUCGUAGAAAAAAACUGGUUAGAGGAAAAUUGAUUUAAUCUCACUUUACAGGCUGAGUAACUUCUAAUAUUUCUGAUGAAUUUCAGCAUUAAUGUUGUCUUUGUAAAAGCCAGGAUUUUAGGAGCCUGAUGUUACGGGAUGAUCUCGGUUUAAGUAGGUCGUUUCUAGCCCUCAAGGUUGCACUUACAUCUGCUUAAAAUUUCUGAGACCAGAAAGUAAAAGAAUCCAGUGUUUAUUGAAAAUAAAUGACCAUACAAACUGCAUGCCUAUGGUAGUACUAAAAGCAGCUGAAAUCCUCUCAUUAUCAGAAGGCUCAUUUUUUUUCCAUUUGACCUUUGAUUUCUGAAUUACCUCUUUAUUAUUUGGCAUUAUGUUUGAACCGACUACAGGCUUCUAUCUUGAACCUCACCAUCAAGCAAAUCGAACAUCUGAGGGCAAGAAAUGUUAGUUUCUCACCAACCUCCUCAUGUACGGUGCCUUCAGCGUUCACUGGUGCUAACAUCCAGCGUGCUUCCUUCCCCAGGCCGUUAGCAAACACCGAGAGCCAUCGCUGCAGGUGCCCGUUGAUAACUCGGCGCAACUUUGAAAAGCAAUGGUACUGUUCGACUGUGUUUGUCCAUUCGUGUUCGGUUAGCUCAUCAGGCUAACCAAGGAUUUUCACCUUUAUUUAAUUGUUUCUUGCAUUUCUUAGGAGCGUUUUUGAGGCAGUAUUCAAAGGAGGGCCUGGUCACUGAAAGGGGGGAAGCCUGAAAACUCACCGGGUCUCACCAGUGAGUCACCCACUGCUUCACUGGGGUGGCAAGCAGCUGCCAUUGCCACCCAGCUGACCUUUUAUACUGGUUUCCAGCCCCAGUCACCUUUCAGAAUAACUAAAAGGACAAGAAAAAAAUAAUCCACUAUGGCACUAAUUUCUUCCUUCCCAACGCUGUAUAAAUUAAGCAGCUCAAACGUUUACUAUUAAAGUUUAAAAGCCCUAACGCCUUUUUUUUUGUCGGUAAACAAACGCGUUCCUGGCUCGCUGCCCGCAGGACCAUGAGAGGCCUACGUCUGAGGCCUGCUCCUUCCCUGGGGGGUCGGGAGCCCCGCGCUCUCCACAGACACCUCCGGCCUCCAGGUUUGGGCUGGGACAGGAGGUCGGCUAA